AUGCGAUGCCUGCUGCUGCGCGCUCUGCUGGCCGCACGGCCGGGCUUCCAGUGCGGUGGAAGGCACGGGGCCUUCCUCUGUGCUAAACGCGGCUUUUCCGCCGAACGGCCCGUAGAUAGAGGAAAUGGCACAUUGGAAACCCAUCUAAGCGGUCUUGCGAAUGCGCAGGCGCGGCAAAUAGUGGCUCAGAUUGCGCAGAAGAACCAACAUCUCAGGACGUCCAAACCGGCUGUCCUCACCGAAGCGCUAGAGCUUGCAAAAGCUGAGCACCCAAAUUGUGUCAUAGUGACGCGGUGCGGCGAAUAUUACGAAGUACAUGGCACGGAUGUCGCUCUGUGUAUCGAGUACUGCGGCCUCCAGCCGACAGGAGUUACUCCGCACCUCGAAAUACCACCUGACAGGUUGCCGCAUGCCAUUGAAGCACUUCGGCGCCGUGGCAUCGGCAUGGCGAUAUACGAUUAUGUCACCGCAUUGGAGUCGGAGCACGAAGAUGAUGAGCGUUUGGUGCUGCGAAAGUCGCUCGUGUUUUCCCAUGAAGCGCAACCAACGGACGGUCACGUGACACAUGACCGUCAGAGCACUGAUUCGAAUUUCACUGGCUCUGCGUUGGGAGUGGCACACAACAGGUCGGGAUAUAGCGUGUCGGUUAUAGAUCCGGUGAAGCGCACGGUCGAGGUCAGGGAUCGGCUAACCUUUGCAUCAGCGCUGUCGCUGCUCCAGACAGAUGACUGCCGGGUGGUCAUCUUCCAAAAUGGGAACACGCACGUCAAAAAGCUGCUAUCACAAGUCUCUACUGCGAUACACUAUGAGCCCUUGCAGGGGCAUAACAGCACCAAGGCCUUCCACGACGCUGCGUGCCGCAGCAUUAAAAUGAGGCUGGAGAUGCGUGGCAGCUUCAGAGUCAUAAACACGGCAACUUCUCAUAUGGAACGUAUUCCCCUUGAUCUCGAGACCGCCUCCGUAUUGGGGCUGGGUGACGGCGGCGGGACGGGCACUGGCAACACCAACGGACUGCACCUCCAGAUGCUACCGGGGAAUGCGCCCGUUUACAUGAAGCGCUACAUGAGGUUCAUGCUUGCGCAGCCGCCGCCGGCAGAAGUGGCCGAAGACGUGAGGUACGUCAUAGGCAAGCUAGCACAGAUGCAGGUACCCCUUGUUGACGCCAGGCCGGUGUCACCGUUUAAAGUCAGGUCCCUAAUAUCGCAGCAAAGGGUAGACGUGACUACCCUGCGCGAUAUCGAGGAGGCCCUCAAGGGGUUCACGUAUUAUGCGAAGACACUCGCUCCGGGUAUAUCGAAGCGGGUGAACGCGAUAGCCAUUGUGGAUCUCAAGCUGAAUUACAAGCUCGCGGAACUGCUGUCGGAUGCGGAACGUUGUUUGCAAAUCAUCGAUUCCGCCAUGUCAUUCCCACAUGAAAUCGAUCAUGUGGAACCUACGGGCAUGGACGCCAUAGACAGCCUUUUCAGGCGAUCAGAAUCGUGCAUGAAAUCCGUCAAACAACACCUCCUGUUGCGGGACCGCAAGCAGGUGGACGAAGCUGCCUUUCAACUCCUGAAGGCAAUUGCCGAAGAAUACAUGACAGUUCCGCAAUUCGAGGAUCCAAACGGCAAUUCAGUGGCGAAUAGGGGCUCUUUGACCGCCUGUAUACGGAAACACUUGGAAAGCAAGGCAGACAGCAUCCCGAACCUAGUCGUGAACGACCACUUCGUGCUUCUCAAUGCCAUCACUGACACGCCGGAUCACACCAUACUGCAGACGACAGAGACUGUCGUCGGCAAUAAGCGAGUCAGAGGGUACACGAGUAGGCGCGUGACUGACGAAUUACGCAAUUAUCGCAACAAAUGUGCCAUUGCAGAGGCCAAUGCCAAUCAGACGCUCAGGCACAUUGUUCGAUCUCUAGCGCCUCACACGCAAAGUAUCGUGAUAUGCUCGCACUUCCUGGUUGUCGUUCAGACGCUGGCAGGGCACGCGGGCAUGGCGGUGCCGAAAGGAUGGACUGUACCGAGCUCCCCGAGCACGGGAGAGCUGUUAUUGAAGAAAUUCACGCCGGCAUUCCUGCCUCAUGACGACGUGAUUCCCUUAUCAUUAAAGCUCAACGGGACGCAUGUUUUACUGGGACCUAACAACUCAGGCCGGAGCACUCUCAUCGCAUCAGUUUUGGGGGCCUGCAUAUGCGCCCAAAGCGGUUUGUAUCUGCCGUGCGCUAGCGGGUCAAAGGUGCCGAAGUUCACGAACAUCGUCUAUAAUUCGCCCCUGAGGUACAGUGGCACCGGGGACGUGUCGCCGUUCGAGUACAACAUCAACGCCAUCGAGCACGUCAUCGCAAAGGCUGACAACCGCAGCUUGGUGCUCAUAGACGACUUGGGCGCGCAUCUGGAUGCAUUGCAAGCAACAGCCUUCGUUGCCGUUGUCGUACAACGGUUGGCACAGACGGGCUGCACCUCCAUCAUUGCCACCAACGUUGGAUCGGACUUCCGAGGGCAUGUAUCGAAUGCGCAUUUCAGUAGCAUUGUCACGAGCAACGGGAACAUGUUGCUCAGUGAGGCACGGUGUUUAGCCACCCCGUUGAAACACGCGUUCGAGAAUAGUGCCUUCCUCGGACAGAUCCAGCAAGAAAUGGACAGAUACGUGAACCAGUCAAGUUCAGAAAUACCGGCUGUGAAUUCACACCGAUAUGGGCGCCCCAACAUCGACACCUCGGCAGUGUCGCAAAAAAAACGCGCAUGCUUCGAAGAUCUUAUAAGAGAGAUGCCAUCUGCGCUGCGAGACGCCGCAGAUAUACUCUGCGCGGCGUUUGAGGAACUGUCUACCAGCUCUAUCAGAAGUGCGGUGGUCCACAUAGCAGCGGGCUGCAUGCCGCCGCCCAUUCUCAGUAACGUGCCCGUGACAUAUGCUAUCAUCGUGCCUUUAACACCGACGGGGAAAAGUCACGAAACAGAGUUGGAUACGCAUGCCGAUGCGUGCUUUGCCGAGGGAGAGUUUAGUGCGGCAGUGUACGUGGGAGAGACUGGAAACCUGGACGUCAGGUUGAAAGCGCACAGAUCGAAACCCCUGUCGACGGUUGAUGAGUACAUGGGCAAGACGUACAUGAACCAUGAGCCCGAAAUGACUGCAUACCUGCAGGCAAAGAGCGGUCUCUCGCCCGAGAAAUCUUCGCAGUUACUCAAUUGGCAGGCCUCUCACGUGUUGGCGGCGAAGAUGAACACCAGAAGUGAUGCGAAGGUGACCGAACGCAAACUUAUUAAAAGGCUAUACAACCACCAAAACAAGCUGGUGCUUCUCUCCCAACGCGACGGAGUGUAUCGGGAAAUGUCGGCAGUUGACUAA